AUGUCAUUGUCUGAUCCUGAGGACAGCCUAAGACGUCUACUUGUGAGUUUACCCUCCAAUGUUAAGUACGAUGCGGAGUCUUCGGUAUUGAAAAGCCGACUGAACCUUGCUCUAUAUUUCUCGCUGACAAAGAGAGGUGAAUAUCUGGGUUCCUUGGUAACGGACUUGCCAAUGGAUUUGCCAUCAUCUUAUUCCGAAAUCUUAGAGGCUGAAGAUGAUUCCUACUCAAGAUUGGCUGAAUCAAUGUACAAAUGCCCUAACUAUAAGCAUCAUGGAAGACCUUGUGCAAGGCAGUUCAAGCAAGGAGAGCCGAUAUACCGGUGCUACGAAUGUGGUUUUGACGAGACUUGUGUAAUGUGCAUGCAUUGUUUUAAUAGGGAGCAACAUCGAGACCACGAGGUUUCCAUUUCAAUUGCUUCGUCCUCCAACGAUGGUAUCUGUGAUUGUGGAGAUCCUCAGGCAUGGAAUAUCGAAUUACACUGCCAGAGUGAACUGGAACAAGAUGACCAUUCAAGUUCAGAAGUUAAUCCAGAUUUUAAAUCUGCUAUAAGGGAAACAAUGGAUAUUAUUUUAGAUUACAUUUUGGAUUGUACUAUUCAUUCUGCAUCUAUGCUUCCUGCUGUUCAGGACAUGAUGAAGGAAGACCCAUCCGACUAUGAAAUGGCUAUUCAAUAUGCUUCAGAUAGUUCUUCUCUGCCCAUUGAAAGAUAUGGAGUGGAAGACACGAAUGUUCAGUCCUGGAACGUAGUCCUGUGGAACGACGAAUUCCAUAAUUAUGAUGAGGCUAUUGAUUGCAUCCAGCAAGUUAGUAGAUGUUCAUUGUCUAAAGGACAAGCUGACGCUCAAAAGAUUAAUGAUUUUGGAUUUUCCAUCAUAAGAAGAAGUGAAUCCUUGCCUUUACUGAUAGAAAGGUGCGCCAAGGUUGAAGAAUCCGGGUUUACUAUUACGAUUCUUUCUGAUAGAGAUGUUACCCGAUUGAUUAUUAUUGAUACUAUUUUUGAUUGGUUAUUGACUCUGUUAGAAAUUUCAAGGCCGGAAAUUCAGACUGCUAUUAGAGAAAGUUUGUGUGAAUCUCUUUUGGAAGAGUUUCAUGCCGACAUUCACGAAGGAGAUUUUUUCUACCGGGAAGAUGAAUAUUCAGACACACGGGGUUUGCUGGAUUUCAAAAACAGAAUUCCAGCCCCAUUGGUGGAGGAUGUAAUGAACGAGUUGUCUAUUGAUGACUUGAAGAACAGAAAACUAUCCAGUUUUCUUAAUGAACAACCUUCAGCUCUAGUCGGCUCAAGAGUACAGUAUUUCUUCUAUAUGGAUCUGCGGUUCUGGAAAAAGGCAAGAAAAUCUUUGAAAUUGCUAACGACAUCUGUUUUGGUUUCAAACUUGGAAUACAAAAAGACUUUUUCUGAACAGUUUGUGAAAAUAUACUCGCAUCUGUUGAUAUUGAUGGCAAAGGAAGAUAGAGAGUGGCUUCUCAGCAAUGCGGGCAAUGCUGUAGUACAACUCUUUACAUGUCCUAAAACAUCUCUCCAUUUAUUACAACCACAAUAUUUCAGAAGCAUCAUCGUCCCCAUCAUUUUGUUGUUCGAAUCUUAUACUGGAAACCAUUUGCUGUGGAAACGACCAUAUCAACUCUUAUCACGUAAGAAAGGUCUCAAAUUUGGUUUAAUGCGUUCUUUAACUGAUCUAGUGACGUUAAUCACCACUGCCCAUCAAUCAGAAGAACAUUUGGUACUUUUUCAGGGUAAGAACUUCAUUUACAUAAUCAUGCUUUUUAGGAUGUUCCAGAGUGCCCUGACAUUGGUCAGAAAGGAAGGAGAACAUAUUACCAGGGAAUCCACUGAAUUUUUAACCUACCUGCAAAUAUCUUACUACCUUAAUGAUGUCAUCAAAGGUAUUGUUGAAAUUGCGCAGGUUCCUGAAAUACGUAAACCUGAACAUUGGAAAGUUGUGGAAACAAACAUACAAAUAUUGGCCACUUUAAUUUCAUCAGAACCUUAUAAGUUUCAUAUGGUGCACGAAAAACAACUUAUUGACCAUGACGUAACAAAGAAACCAACCUCUCUUAUUAAUCCAUUGAAUGGAUUACUGUCUAACAUGUUAACAACCGUAAGGGCCAAUUCUUUUUCAUUUUUAACUCGUCAAGUUUCUCAGAUUAAUUUUUGGAGUAUCAAUCCCGAAGUCUCAUUUUCAGAUGAUUUAGACUAUCUGAAACUCUCAUCGAAGAGUUUAGAAGCAAUUACUUUGAGUUCACAGAUAAAAAUUGGCCACUGGAUUAGAAAUGGAUCCAUGACUAGUAAACAAGCGCAAUUGUACUGCACGAGGUUCACUCAAUAUGGUUACAUAGCCGACGUUCAUUUGAACCAACUUGCUAUACUCGAAGAACGCGACGAUGAUCGUCUAUUAUUAAACAUUUUGGAUAGAUUCAAUCUAAUAGAUUGGUUCUAUAACGAUCAGGACGUGCUUGGUACUGUUUUCGAAGAACGAUCUUUUUACCUAAUGAAUGAAUUGGUUAAGUUUCUUUAUAAUAUGUUUUCACACAGAGUUAACUUCCAGUUUGAAUCAAAUUUCACAGAGAAAACCCAGUAUGAGGUAACGCAAUACAUUUUAUACACGCUUUGUAAAGGAUCUUUGUCAUUUUCAGAUCUGACAGCCGACUUUCCUAUCUCCGUGGAAGUUACUGUUUUUGACAAGAUCCUUGAUGAGGUUGCUGUUUACGAAGAGCCCAAAACUAUGAAUGAUUCUGGAAAGUAUUCUAUCAAGAAAAGUUAUUACAAAAAGAUGGAUCCAAUGUCUAUUUAUGUGGACUCGGGUGAUUUCGAUGAUGUAUCAACAGCGAUAGUAAAGGAACUUUCAAUUUUAGGAAAAAUAAAAGAGGAGAAUGUUGUAAUUGAACCUCAGAUCAGUGGACCGAAUGAAUCCAACAGCCGUGUCUUGAGCAGAUUGAAACGGUUCUUCAUUAGCAAAUCUGUAGUCAAACUGUUUUAUAAAUUGUUACAAUCUGCUCUUUCUGAGAGCAAUGAGACCUACGUCAUUGAACUUUUACAUUUGAUUCAAGCAGUUUUAUUAGAUGAACAUGAAUUGUACAGAAUCGAAGAUCCAGUGCAAUACUUUAUUCAAAUUCCUCGGGACGAGUCAAUCAUUGACUCAUUGGUUGAUUCUUUUGGUGAAAAGCACAUUGAAAACUUUAAAAAAUCUAAGGGAUCUCAAGUUCUGGAGACUAAACGAGCUAAACAAAAGCGUUUAGCCAAGGAGAGACAAGAGAAGAUCAAAUCACGAUUUGCUAAACAGCAAAAGUCUUUCAUGAAGCAGAAUUUGGACGCAAAAAAGAGUGCGGAACAUGUAACUACACAUUUAUCCAAAGACAAUGAAGGAUUAGGUAGUUCCUCCCAGGACUCUUUUCAUGAGUGCAUUCUUUGUCAACGUGCUCAGGAGGGCAACGAGAUGUUUGGAAUCCCUGCAUAUGUUGAAAAAGUUUCCACGUUUUGGGAUUUUCAACCUAAGGAUGAGUCAACCUAUACGGAAAGAUGCUUAACAACCAUUGAAAAUCAAAUGAAACAAUUGCAUGAAGAAACGGAUGCCAACAAUGAGGUUAGAGAACAUCUUUAUUAUCAAAAAGAUACUCCUGUAAAAAGCAUGGCACCGAUAUCUUCAAGACACAUUGUUAAGUCAUGCGGGCACCACAUGCAUUAUAAAUGUUUUUCUGAGUUACUAGAAAACAGCAGGAAGUUUAGCACUUGUCCGCUUUGUCGCUCUGCCAUUAAUGCUUUUGUUCCACAAUUUGCCAUGAAAAACGAUGCUAGCCCUGCUUUUCAGGAGGCUGCUUCGAAUAUUAGUCACUUUGAAAAGUUGAAUUUGAAUCAAAUUGUAUCGAAAUAUCUUCUCAAUGAUUCCUUCUUGAAAUUUAUUGCGGAAGAAAGUAAGGACCAGUUCAUGUAUUUGAAUGAGUUUAAAGACAUUUUGAAAGACGCCCCAGAUGCUUCUGACCACAUGUUGAGUGAAGGGUUAUUUCCCUCAUUUUUGGCCAUGUCAACAUUAUUGGGUAAUACCCUAGCAAAUACUGAAAUUCGUCUCAGAUUAUCCCCCGAGAAGAUUCCCCAGAAAGGAAACUUGAAGAGAAAAGAUUCGGAAUUAAUAACCUCAUUACUUCAAUGUGUCUCGGUUAUCUCAAUCUUAUUGAAACAAUCUUAUCCUGAAGAGCAGUAUCUGUCUCCAUUUUUGAAUAAACCAAAUUCAUUAAUUAUUGAUUUUGCCAUUUCACUUCUACUUGGAAAAGAAGACUCACUUCAAGAAACUAUUGUGGGCAUUUACAAGCAAACAAUUCUGCAUUCAUUGAAUUUACUAUUGACUAACGUUGGAGAUAAUGAGCAUUUCAGAAGGAUGCUGAGCGGUGCAAACUCUAUUAUUAAUGAUUCAGAACUGGCCAUUUUCAAAAAGUUUGUGUCAACGGCCACUUUUACCUCUGAUGUUUCAUUCAUUACUUGCAACGAACAAUUAUUGGUUGGACUGUAUAUUCUUUUGGAGAAAACCACCACAGUGUAUCUUAAACAGUUGUUUCUGAUAAUCAGCAUGUGCAGACCCUUGGACUUAUGCCUAAAUCGUGACUACGAGAAUUCCAAUGAUUACGACCACUAUUUGUUUGGCCAACUGUGCAAAUUUUUUAACCUUUCCAGUAUAAUCAGUUAUUUGGGAUCUGGAAUUCCUGGUGGAAACCUAUUGGAGGAGCAAAAUGAUCUUAUAUUAAAAGGACAAUCCACUCUCCCUUCAACAAUUGAGUAUCCAGGUCUCGUUUAUCUUGUGAAUUUGCCUAGAGAACUGAACACUUUUACUUUUUCAAAAUAUGACACCCAAGAUGCAGUUAAUCUAAACUUUUCUGUUUGUUUAACGUGUGGCAAAAGAGUGAAACAUAGCGGUGAUUCUGAAAAUGAAAUUGAAAACUUCCCUGGGUACAAUGGUGUUCCUCUUACUUUGUUUCACCAUCAUAAGAAUUGUCCUUUCUCUGGAUAUGGAGAAGCACAAUGUAUCUUCUUAACCCCAAAGUUGAAUAAAUUGACUGCCUUACUAAAGAUUCAGCCUCCACGAGGAAUUUCUGAUCGCUCGCUAUAUCACAGUACAUUUGCAUUCCCAUUGAGCAGCCCAUAUCUAACCACACAUGGAGAGUCACAUUCUGGUCAUGGAGGCUUGAUACGCAAAGCGUUCCUGAAUAGAGAUCGAUUUCGAAAUCUGAAUGAGCUAUGGUUGGAUGGUGAACUAGCUUUGUAUAUUUCCCGAAGCCUUGGGGAUUCUCAAAUUGUAGCGGAACCAAUCAACCCUGUUAUGAUUACAAUGCCGGGAGGUAUUCAGGAGGCAUUAAAUCUUGCGUUCACCACUUUCCUCGGUGACCAAGAACCCGGGGAUGAUGACUUGGAAGAUUAUGAGUAUGACAUACUGUUAAAUAGAUGA